CUCUGACGUGUACAGAAUGGCAAGACAUUCACCUCUUCCCCUGGCAGUAGCCAUUUGCUCUGUGGCCUCUGCUCUUGCAGGAGGUCUCCUUGGAAGCACAGGUGGGGUUGCAGGCGUGUCAGGUGCUCUUGGAAGCCUCGGACACCUUGGAAGCGUUGGUGUUGGAGGUGGGAACUUGGGGAAUGUUGUUGGGGGUAGUUAUCUAGGAGCUGGACAUCUUGGAGGAGCUGGUGUUGGAGCUGGCAACCUUGGGAAUGUUGGAGCUGGUCAUCUUGGAGGCGUUGGGGUUGGAGGUGGACAUCUAGGAAGUGCCCUUGGGGUUGGACAUCUCGGAGGUGUUGGAGUUGGAACUGGUAACCUUGGAAAUGUUGGAGGUGGUUAUAUAGCAGCUGGACAAGUUGGAGGCAUUGGUGUUGGAGCUGGCCAACUUGGGGCUACACUUGGAGCUGGCCAUCUUGGAGGCAUCACUGCCGGAAGUGGACUCCUUGGAGGUGUCUCAGUUGGGCUUCCAGGAAACAACCUUCAGGGUAGUGUCUCCUACAAUCCAGCCUUCUACCCAAACAUCAUUCCAGGAUUCCCUUUCUUGACUUACAAUCCUGGAAGCGGAUUUGCAGGAUGUCCCUACUGGUGCCGCAGCACAAUCCAAGGGAACUAUUAUUGCUGCAGGCGAACCCCCUACGCUGGAUAAUACUACAAUUUUUACUGAGCCAGGCAUUUCUCAAUAAAAGCAUUUUCAGCAGAACCACAUGACUAUCUGAUACUUUCAUUAUCCAAGAUUUUAAUCUCCUGGACACAGUUCAAGUCACUCAGAUGGGUUUGUAGAAGUAUUGCAUAUUAUUAUUAUUAUUAUUAUUAUUAUUAUUAUUAUUAUAAUUAUUAUUAUUAUUAUUAGCAAACUGACCCAUCUACGAUGGGUGAUAAAAUACGGGUGCAGAAGUGAAAAAUUUAGAUGUACUAUUUGUUCAGCAAUAUUAAAAUAAGGGCGAUUUUUAUACAUACCUACUACAGAACCUCUUUGUACACAAUAUUAUCA